AUGCUAGUUCAAUUAAGUUUGGUGUUUAUAAUAGUAUGGUUGCUGGUGUUGAGAUGGGAACGGAGGAGAAUGAUCCAACUAGCCAGUAAGUUUGGCAGUCCAAAUUUGUGGCAACUGCCUGUCAUAGGACAUUCCUAUGUAUUUAUUGGAAGUGAUGAAGAUCGCAUGACGGCAUUCCAGAAACUUGGCAGGAAAACAAAUAAUACCAAGGAAGGUAUCAUAAGUUUUUGGCAGGGCCAUAAACUUUAUCUUUCGGUUAGUGACCCAAAGAGUGCUGAAUUCAUUUUAAAGAAUUGUCUCGAAAAGGAUGACAUAAUGAAGAUCUCAAGAUUAACCACUGGCAAUGGCACUGUGUUUGCACCAGUCAAAAUCUGGAGACCUCGACGAAAAGUUCUUGCUCCAACUUUUAGCCCUAAAAAUUUGUUGGAAUUUGCCAAAAUAUUUUCCCGUCAGAGCGACAUCAUGGUGGAACAAUUAAAGCCUGUUGCGCAUUCAAAAGACGUCUCAAUUUGGAAUUUUGUAAAUACAUACACUUUGGAUUCCGUAUGCGAGUCAACUCUCGGUGUGUCAAUACAUGCCCAAAAGUUGAUUGAGCAGCCGUUACUAAAGUCCUUGGAACAAAUCACUAUACUGGACUCGGCCCGCAUGUGUCAACCUUGGCUGUAUAGUGAUACAAUUUACAAAAUGAUGCCAGCUUAUAAACGACAUACAAAAUGCAGAAAAAUGAUUUUUGACUUUAUUAAUGAGGUCAUCAGAGCUAAAAGAAAUUUGAUGCAAGAAGAAAAGAGUCUGCUGAAAUCUGAGUCAGAACAAGCUGUAAGACAAGAAGGUGUACGUUCAUUUUUGGAGCUUUUGAUAGAAUCAUCAGGUGGAGACAAAGGAUACACAGAUUUAGAGCUGCAAGAAGAAACCGUAGUUCUUGUGGUAGCUGGGACUGACACUUCUGCUGUUGGAACGUCGUUCACUAUACUUUUACUAUCCAAGCAUCUGGAUGUGCAAGAGAAAAUUUACCAAGAAUUGCAGGAAGUAUUCGGAGAUUCAAAGAGACCAAUAGUGCCAGAAGAUUUACCUCGACUGAAGUAUUUGGAUGCUGUCAUUAGAGAAUCAUUACGUUUAUAUCCUCCAGUUCCAGUUAUAGUUAGAAAAGUAGAAAAUGAAAUUACCUUGCCAUCGGGUGAAACUCUAGUGAAGGGUACAGGAAUACUUGUCCACAUUUGGGCAAUAAACCGAAAUCCCAAAUAUUGGGGUGAUGACGCUGAUCUGUUUCGACCUGAAAGGUUUAUUGACACCCCGUUAAAACAUCCCGCAGCAUUUAUUUCGUUCAGCUAUGGGCCAAGAGCUUGCCUAGGUUAUCAAUACGCAAUGAUGUCAAUGAAGACAGCGAUGGCGAACCUUCUCCGUAAUUACCAGUUUCUUCCAGCGUCCAAUGCAGGCACUAAACAACCAAUAAGGCUCAGAUUUGACAUUAUGAUGAAGUCUGUUGAAAACUUCACGGUACAAAUCAAACCUAGAUUCUAA